AUGUCAUAACGCAAGAGGAUUCUGCACACGUGCAGUGCAGCAGUAAACGCCAUUUGGUCGUAGCUUGACGCAAAGACGCAAGAAGCACGCGCGAAGAGGGAGUUGACGACCAGGAGUGCCAGCGAGCUGAGCGAGGAAGCAGACAGAGGAGGGAGGCAGGCGGAGGUCGUUCGGGGUCACGAAUGGCAAUGAUGAUGGAGGAGAGUGUGAGCAUGUACCCCGGCAUGAAGCCUCCCGAGCAGAUCACCGUCGUCGAGAGCAGCGAGGAGGUGUCGUCGAACGAGGACGCCGCCGACUACCUGCACAACAACGACGCGUCCGAGAACUCGCCGGCAACGAUCACCGACACGGAGAGCCGGCCGGACGAGUUGCUGCUGUCGGCGGUGUCGUCGUCGCUGUUGCCGGCGCCGUCGCUGUUGCCGGCGGCGUCGUCGUCGUCGCUGUUGCCGGCGGCGACCGGCAAGCGCCUCGGCGACGACUACGGCGAGAUGUCGAGCCGCAAGCGCCGCAAGCAGUCGAACCCCGCAGAGGACGAGACGGCGGCGGCCGCGGCGGGUAAAGAUGAUACGGGUGAAAGCGACGCUGUGGUAAAGUGCGGGUACUGCGAGGCGCAUUUUGCGGCCGAGGAGGACCUGCGCGCGCACGUGAGGCGGGCGCACGUCGCCGCCGGCGACUACACUAAUCAGGGAUCGGAAGAAAAUACCUCGGACAGCGUCGCGCGCGACGACGUGUCUCCCAAGGAGCUCGACUGCAUGGCGAUGGGCCUGCCGUCGUCGAUGGCAAACCAGAUGUUCGUCAUGAACUACCACAACGGCAUGUCGAUGCCGGUGGUUACUACGGGUAGUGGCAGCAGCAGCUGCGGCAGCAUGCCUGCAAACAUGGUUUACGGCUUGGACAUGCGCGCGUCGGCCGCGCAGCCUCAUGUGUCCAACGGUGGUACGGGUAUGCGCAUCUUUAACCGCGAGGCGUACUGUGACAUCUGCAACAAGGAGUUUUGCAAUAAAUAUUUCCUGAAGACCCACAAGGCGAACAAGCACGGCAUCUACUCGGACUUCUCGUCGUCUGUACCGCAGUACCUCAGCAACUUCUACGGCGGCGGCGGCAUGGACGUCAUCCCGACCGCCAUGCCGACCGCCAUGCCGACCGCCAUGCCGACCGCCAUGCCGACGACCCCGCCAACGAUCGUGUCCGGCGCCGAGUCUCCGCUCGUCGCUCCCGCCGACCCGAAGCCCGUUGACGACAUCGCGACGACAAUGGCUCUACCGGCGCCCUCUUCUGGGAGCAAGAAGAACUCGGGCGUCGUCGACCCUGAGGCAUAUUGCGACCUUUGCAAGAAGGAGUUCUGCAACAAGUACUUCCUGAAGAAGCACCGGCAGAACAUCCACGGCAUCGCGCCGAGCACUCCCGGCAGCACGACAGGCAGCACUCCCGGCGGCACGACGGGCAGCACUCCCGGCGGAGGCAUCAUCGGGAAGAUGCCUUCCUCCGCGCUGAAGCACGAGGGGAUGGCGGUCGUGUCGGCGACGAUGGGUGGCGCCGGCGCCUGCGGGGAGUCGCUCGCAUCUCAGGGAGAGUCGUCGCAGGACAGCGGCACCGUGGUGGAGGCGAACGGCGUCAUCACCGACUUGGAAGCGUACUGCGAGCUCUGCAAGAAGCAGUUCUGCAACAAGUACUUCCUGCGCAGCCACAAGCUGAACAUGCACGGCAUCGGAUUGUCGGGCGGCAACGGUGGAUACUCGCUGAGUCUCGUCUCGCCGACGAUGGUGCCGGCGCCACGCAUGGUGCCGCCGGCUAUCCUGUGGAACCCGGGGAAGGUGUCGCCGCACCGCGCGCAGGCUGGCGACGACGUCAAGCCGCCGCCGUCCGACCUGCCGCCACUGAUGAGCGGCAUUGAGGCUGUCUGCAACAUCUGUCAGAAGGCGUUCCACAACAUCUACUAUCUGCACCAGCAUAAGCUGACGAAGCACUGCGGAGGUGGCGGGGGCGGCGUCGACGAAGCCGCCGUGCCGCAGAUCAACGGCGGGUCGGCGUCGCCGAACGGACGUGCAGCCGCCGUCGCCGACGACGACGAUAAGGAGGAGGUGUGCGGCGUCUGCCAGCAGUCGUUCGCGAACAAGGAGUUCCUGAAGAUCCACAUCUUCAACUUCCACAGGCUGAUGCUGGGCGAGGAGAAGGGCGGCGGCAGCGGCGGCGGCGCGGCGGGGGAGGAGGCAGGCGGCGGCAGCAAGCAGGGCAUGUCGGAAGAAAUGCGAGACGCGAUGGUCAACCAGCACCUGCAGGAGGCGUUCGCCGCCAAGCAGAAGGAGCAGGUCAUCUGCGACAUCUGCAACAAGGAGGUGUGCAACAAGUACUUCCUGCGCGCGCACAAGAUGCAGCAGCACGGCGUGCUGUCGUCUGGCGACGAGCCCGGCGGUCAGUCAGCGUCCAGCGGAGGCGGCGGCCUGAGUCCCGGCCAGCGCACGCUCAGCAGCGGCGACAUCCGUCGCAGCGGCGGCGGCGCGUCGAUGGCUGAUCGCUCGCGUCACAUGUCGGCUGACAUGCAGUUCGGCGGCCUGAAGAUGGAUCCCGGCGCGAUGCACCUCCCGGGCGAGAUGAAGUACAGCGAGAUAAUGAAGAUGGACGCUCUGCAGGACCGCAUGGCGUUCAACAUGGCGAUGGCGGCCGGCAUGCCGCCGCUCGUGCCGAGCGAGCGCCGCAAGUCGGGUCAGGUCGGCAUCGUCGACCCGGAGUCGUACUGCCACAUCUGCAAGAAGGAGUUCUGCAGCAAGUACUUCCUGAAGACCCACAAGAUGAACAUACACGGCAUCCAGCCGGACCAGACACCAACCUCUCAGGGAACUAAGGGUGUCUACCUACAGUCAAGUCCCGCGACGUCGGACGCCGCGGUCAAGGAGGCCAACUCGGUCCAGGCAAUGGUCGGCAUUGGGCACACGGGCAGUCAGGAGCCGCCCAGUGCCGGCAUCUUCUCAGGGCGAAACUUCUGUGACAUCUGCAACAAGGAGCUGUGCAAUAAGUAUUUCCUCAAGACGCACAUGUUGAAGAUGCACGGGAUUUUCAUGGAAGACAAGAGUCCGCUACCGUCGGGCAUGCCGAACGCGCUCGCGGCGUCGCCGAGCCUCACCAGUCUACCUCCGCCGCCGAAGCAGGACGGCGGCAAGAAUCCCACCCACAUCGUCGGCUGCAACCUGUGCAGCAAGGAGUUUGCGAACCGCUACUUCCUCGACAUGCACAAGAUGAACGCGCACGGCGUCCCGCCCGAGCGCGGCGACGGCGAGCCGGGCCUCGAGACGAGCUCGGUGAAGUCGGGCGACAGCGCGGGCGCCGCGCCGCCGCGCUUCUACAACCACUACAGCGAGGUGUGCCACAUCUGCGAGCGCCGCUUCAAGAGCGUCAAGUGGCUGCGCGCGCACCUGAUGGCCGACCACGGCGACGUGCUCAAGGAGCAGCAGCUGAACAGCAACAUUCCGGCGGCGGCGGCGGCGGGCGCGGCCGAACCCAAGGCGUGCGAUGUCUGCGGGGCCUGCUUCAACGACUUUGUCUCCCUGCAGAUCCACUUCAUAAAGGAUCACAAGCUCGACCUGAAGACCGGCGGCGGACAGCAGGAGAUGGCGCCGCCGUUCCCGGGGCCGUGUGCGCCGCCCGAGUCGAUGCCGCAGCUGCCGCGCUGGCAUCCGGACGCCUACAACCAGCGCGUCAUGGACUGGGAGUGGCAGGUCGGGAUGGGCGGUGGCGCGGGGAGGAGGGCGUCGCCGGGGGCGGGGCGCGCGGCGAUGAAGAAGCGUCUCUACACCUGCUCGUUCUGCCCGUUCUCGACGCGCCUGCUCUCCAACCUCUAUGCACACGAGAAGCGCCACCGCACGCCGCAGCACCAGCUGUCGGCGUACCACGGCAAGAAGCACGUGUGCAAGCACUGCAGCCGCGCCUACAGCAACCGCGCGAGCCUCGAGCGCCACCUCAUGCUGCACGAGUCGAGCAGCAAGAUGUACGAGCCGGGCAUGGUCAGCCGUCCGGCCGCAGCAUCCUCGGGCGGCGACCCCGCCGCGAAACCGACAGCCGGCCAACCGACGACGGGUAAGGCGAAGCGUUUCCGCUGCUCGCAGUGCAGCGCCAAGUUUCCGUCGAAGCAGCAGUGCCGCGCGCACAUCCGUGCGAGCCACAAGCGCGCGCCUCUGCCGCCGCCGCCGCCGGCCGUCGAGGUUUACAACUGCAAGCGCUGCGACUUUACGACGUCGCUCUUUUCGGCCGUGCGCGAGCACCUGCUCAAGUCGCACGUGUGCGAGGUGAACACGGACUCGUACGAGGUCGUCAAGAAGCCCGAGACGGCAGCGACGGCAGACGCUCGCGGCAGCCCGUCGUCGAACAAGGAGAACCCGACGCGUCGGCGCGCGCGCCGCGACAGCGAGGGGGCGGCGUCCGGCAACGAGGAGAACCAGGAGAAGGCCGACGACGCGAAGAAACCGCCCAUCUGCUACGCGACGCCGUUCAACCUGAACAGCCAGACGUCGUUCAUCAUGCAGCCGUUCAUUGUCAAGGAGUCGGACGUCGAGGAGAGCAGCGUGUUCGUGACGUCGCUAGUCUACCUGCCCGUGCGCUCAAAGGUCCUCCACGAAGUCAAGUCCGGCUUCACGCUGACCCCCACAGAGCACUGA